UUGAAAAAAGCUGGUAAGGAUAUUCCAACGAAGGAUAUUCCUACGAAGGAUAUUCCAACGAAGGAUAUUCCAACGACGUCCGGGACAAAAUCUCAAAUUUUGAUGCAUCUUGAGAAAAUGGUGGAGGAGUCCGAUAUUAUGCAUGAGGGGGCCAUUCGUACUAUAAAUUUUGAUGAAGGUGUUUUCGGAGCUGCUCAUUUCGAAAUAAUUGGAAAGGAGGACUUCCAACAACUUUUUGAACACACCGAAUUGGGCAUCGCUGUCAUUCAUACAUACAUAUGGUAUAUGUAUGUAACAUUGAUGCGGGGAACUGAAUUGUGUAACCGUUUCAAGUUUAUUGCUGCUUCCCGUUUCAAUGCAACGUUAAUAACGAAUAAUCCAACAUCCGUAAAGAAUGAUCUAGUCGAGAGAUUCAUGGCGGCCGAUGAUAAUACACCCAAUUUGUAUUUUAUACCGUUUAAUUCUGGCAACGGAGAAGCUGCAGAGAAGGAUGCUGCUGAAGCUGCUGCUACUGCGGCUAUUGCUGAAGUUGAAGCAAAAGCAAAAGCUGACGCUGAAGAGGUAACACACAUAGUUGCGGAAGAAGCUGCAAAGGCUAGCACUGAUGCUCUGGCUCAGGGGGAGCAAUCAAACUCUGGCUUCGCUCCUUUGGUCCUGAAGACUUUGGAAGAACUGCAGAAAGAGCAACAGAUAGUGCGAGCAAGAUUGGAGCACCAGGACUCUGUUAACAAUAAUAUUCAGAACCUGCUGACUCAGCUGCUCCAAAGGAUACCUUCACCUCCGAACCCUUAG